AUGGACAACGGAUCGUCUACCCUGCCCAUGAUGAACCACCACUGCUCCUCCUCCUCGUCGUCCUGCGUGGACUCGUGGAACGCCGGCUACGGCAAUCAGGACGAGGGCGAAGAAGACAGCCCGUGGGAGCAGUGGGAGCACGGCUCGGAUGAAGCUCUCGCCAUCCCGAAGCUCGAACCGCUCGACGAUGACAUGAACCUGGAGGACGUGACCGCCGCGCCUCAGUCUCAGACGCCGCCGAAUGAGCUGCCGGGGGGCGCCCAGAUCAAACAGAAGAGACCGCGAGGACGGCCGAGGAAACAUCCUCUGACACCGAUCGUCAAUGCGAAUAAGGUGACCAAGGGUCGGUCGAAGACGGGAUGCAUUACGUGCAGGAAGCGCAAGAAGAAGUGCGACGAGGCAAAACCGAGAUGUAUGAACUGUGAAAAGAAUGCCGUCGUCUGCGAGGGAUAUCACGAGAAGCAAGUCUGGAAGACAGAGCGACAGCGGUGGGAGAAUCUCCCCAUCAUCACCAUGCAGCCCAUCUUCCACGGCGUGGAAACGGCCGAGGACAAGAUCUUCUGGAAGCAUUAUGUCAACCACUUCAGCAACGUGCUGACCGUCGAGGGAGAGGCCAAGAACGCCUUCAAGGACAUCAUCCUGCAGCUCGCCAACCGGCAUCAGGGCCUGAUGCACUCGAUCCUCGCUGCCAGCAGCAAGCACAUCGACUGGGACACGCCCUACGGAAUGAAGAUACUCCAGAGCAACCCGUCCACGACCAAGGAGGCACUGCAGCAGCGCUCCGAAUACCACCACGACGAGGGCAUGAGACGCAUGUAUGCCGAGAUGAGCCAGGAGAUGGACAAGAACGAUCCCGAGUAUAAGACGGUUCUCGCCGCGCGAUACGGCCAGAUGAUGUGUCUCCUGCUGCAGACGCGAGCAGAGGGCAAUCCACGGGGCGACCACCGGGUCCAUCUGCAGGCGUACAAGCAGCUGGUGCAGCACUCGCCGCCGGAGGACUCCAACUUCCUGACCUUUAUCACCGAAUUCUUCCAAUAUCACAUCUACGCCGACGAUCUCUUCUGGUACCCCGAGAAGCGGACGGAGCGCCUCGCUUCCGAGGACUGGGAGCCGUCGGCGCCCAUCCAUCCUCCGCGUCUACUGGGCGUCGCCGACGGGCUGUUCCGCCACCUCUCCGAGAUCACCAGCAUCCGCAACGCCAUCCGCGUCAACAUGGCCGGCGCCGUCGACCCCCUGGUGGACUACACCAGCCUCUACAAGGCCGCGGAGAUCGACGCCGCCAUCCGGGAGUGGACGCCUCGCUGGCCCUCUGGCGACAGCCGUGACCGCGUCGGGCUGCUGUACAAGCAGAUGCUCUGGGUCUAUCUGUUCCGCACGAUAUACCCGCCCUCGGCCCUGCCUGGCCGCCGCAGCACCAUCGGCUCUCUGCCCACGGCCAUGUUCUCCUCAAUACCGACAAAUCCUCACCCUCGACGAGCCUCGAUGGCCGCGGCCAUUGGCACCACGGCUGGCUCUCCGCUCAUGGGGGCGGUCAACCCCUUUUCCCGGUCGAAAACGACACACAGCUGUCCUUCCACGCGCCAUCCCUCGAGAACAAGCUCCAUGCAUGAAGGCGACCUGCAAGCAAACGCCGCUUCCGCCUCCGCCUCCGAAUCGCAAAGGCAACGACCCUCGUCUCCGCCACCCGCCCGCCGACCUGCCCAAGACGACAAGCGCAUCACGCUGGCCGUCGACGAAUCGUUGGGCCUCCUCGAGUCCUUCAAGCCCUCCGACCCCUCGCAGACGCUCCUCCUGAUCCCGUGCCUGGUCAUCGGCACGGCGUGCUUCGAGCCCGACCAGCGGUACCGCAUCCGCGCGGCCGUCCGGGCCGUGCGAGGAUACACCGGCCUGAAGAACUGCGACCGAGUCCUGGAGCUGCUUGAAGAGGUGUGGGCACUCAUGGACCAGGGCGACUGGGUGGCGGUUUGGGACUGGCAAAGAGUCGCGAGACGCAUGGGCCUCGAUUUCCCGUGCACAUGA